CAUAGACGCAUGCGUACAAUUCACUUCCUCUUCCACAUCAGAAAAUGUUUUGAUUUUUAUCUCUCAUUUUACACAUCGAUUUUAGUCUUUUUGUAGGAUAUUUUGAUUUGCAAUGUGUGAAAGUUGAAAGAUCAAGUAUCCAAGAACGAAAGAAACAUGUUUUCGAAAUUCACAACGAUCUUGCACAAUGCAGUUGAGGCGCUUGGCCAGGAUCAAGCUCCCAUGAGGGAGGACUUUGUAUUCCAUUGGAAGGCAAUCACACAUCACUUUGUCAACAAUAAAGACACUAAAGUUGCUGUAGAGCAAACUAACAUCCCCUCUCACCUGAGACAGAUGUUGGACCUAUUGUUGCAAGAGGAGAGUGCCAUAGAGUCUGGAAUAUCUGGGCCAUGUAUGGAGUACCUUUUACAGCACAAAAUCUUGGAAACCCUGUAUACACUUGGUAGAACAGAUUGUCCCCCGGGAAUGAAACAAGAAGUUCUCUCUUUUUUCACGCAACUUCUGUCCAAGGUCAGGCAACCCCUGCUUCCACAUGUUAAUGUCCACAGGGCAGUUCAUCGUCUAGUUAAAGUAUGUGGGGAGAUCAGGGCCUCUCCUUCAGAGAAUGAAGAGAUACAGUUUCUAUGUACUGUAUGUGCCAAGAUCAAGUCUGCUCCAUAUACAGUCAACUUCUUCCUAGAGUCUCUGAAGAGUCAGAAGCAAGAUAUCCGCACAAUGACUGAGCAGCCACAGAUUGAUUUUGCUCUCAUGGAGUCCCUAUUGGCACUCACACGAAGUGAAGAUUCUCGUGUGGCAAUUAAAGCAUGUGAAGGUCUCCUCCUGUGUGCUAGUCUUCCUGAAGAAAGCUCAGCCAAAGCCAUCAUUGAAAACACAAAGUUCUGUACUGAGAUCACAGAGAAACUCACCAGGCUGUAUUCCCUGCUACCAAAGACCCUGGACCCUGGGGAUGUGGAGAGUCUCUAUGAGGCCAACUGGGGGCUAGAUGUCAUGACUGAUACAGAUGAGUUCAUCACAUUUCCUGGCAAGCGGCAACUUACUUCCUUUCUCUCCUGGCUGGACUACUGUGACCAGCUGAUCAUGAUGGCUCACCCAUUUGUAGCAAAACAACUCUCAGUGGUAAUACAUCAACAGUUCCUAGUGAAGCAUAUAGAGCCAUCUGUCCUACAAACGAAUGAGAGUGGUGCAAUAACAUCUACAUGUCUCUUGACCAGGUGUCUCAGACUGGUGUCUUCCUCAUCACUACUUACACAAUUUGCACUAUUUAUACUUGGUGAAGAUAGGGAUCCUGAAUUUAAAGACGACACAACUCAAUCACACAAGUUCAGAAUGAGGCUCAUUGAAAGAUGUGAUCACCUCUCUGAAGAAUUAACUCUGGUCACACUGAAACUGUUUGAAACUCUACUUCUCAAACCUGAUGAACACAUUUUCCAUAAUCUUAUCCUAAGGAAUCUAUUGACUAGAAACUAUUGUAUUGAUUCAAAAUCAACUGGUGAAAAGACAGCAGAGGAAGCAUCCAAUCAGAGUUCAGUCUCAGAAUCAGCCAAUCAGAACACUGAUAGUCAGACCAAUCAAAUUGAAGCAGAUAAAACUAACAUUGCUGAAGCUGACAGUGUAAAAGAAAAUAGUGAAACAGAAGAUGGAUCUGAAUCAAGUGCAGUAGAGAAAGACUCAAACACAUCAAAGCAAGAUGAAAGGACAGAAGAGAGUACAACAAAUGAAGGGGAAAGUGCAGUAAUUGAAGGGGAUAAUGUAGUAGCAGAACAAAGUGAAGAGAGUGAUAAGGCCAAUGAAAUAGUGGGUGAACAGCAAGAUGUGGAAAAUACUUCAGAAAAUGUUGACACAAGCCAAAUAUCUGGGAUAAUCAUAGAUGGUUCUCAAGAUGUUGUUCCCACUCCAGACACCCCUGGCAGUGAAUUAGAUUUCAACUCACUUGGGUUUGUUCCUACAUCUGAAGAGUCUUCCAAUAAACCAGGUGUCCACAAAGUUGUCAACUGUUUUCUCUCACUGGUUCCUGAUGAGUGUAAAUCCAGCUACCAAAUGAGUGACAGUGGAUAUGACACAUAUCUCAGGGAUGCACACAGACAAUACACUGAGAUGACCAAUCAGUGCCUUGGAUUCAACUGGCCCUUAGACCCUGUCUCCAUAAAGACUGAAAAGACUGAUCAGUUCUUUGAGGGAACAUUUCUCAAUGUUAUACUCAACAAACUGUCACAUAUAAUGGAUCAGACUGACAAGACUGAUCAGUUCUUUGAAGGAACAUUUCUCAAUGUCAUACUCAACAAACUGUCACAUAUAAUGGAUCAGAGUUAUGAUAUCAAUCUGCAAGUGACAUCUGUGGUAUCUAAGCUGGCUCAACUUCCACAUCCAAACUUACAUGAGUACCUUCUAGAUCCAUUCCUCAAUCUGAGUCCAGACACCAGGACCAUGUAUACUGUCUUUACGAAGGUUAUCACUGACCUAAAAUCCAGACAAAAGUCGAUACCAGACUUCAAUCGUAAACUGCUACAGGUCCGUAGACAACUCAUUGGUCUUCAGAACAACUUAAAGAGUAUCGAAGGUAGUUCCACACUAGAGGGAGUGAUUGUACUUGAGGAGUUCUGUAAAGAGCUUGCUGCGAUUGCGUUUGUUAAACAUACAGUCCAUGAGACACAGUGACAUCUAUCUAUUGGUGGUUGAUGGUUGCAAUAACCUUCGUUCAACAUACAGUUCACACUGACGUAGCUAGGAUCUAAAAUUAAGCAAGACAGACAUUAAUAAGCAAGUUUAGGCUAAAGCGAUAUCUUACUACGUUUAGACUUCAUGUUGAAUUGAAAAAUAUCUGACGAUAUAUGUUUCUGUACAAUUUGAUGAGGCAGUUGCCUCGCCUGCCUCGUGUAUGGCUACGCCCUCGAGUCAUGAGACUAAAUCCACAAGUGUAAGAGAGAGCCUAGACAACAUGCAAUGAUGUAACACAUAACAAGCUGAAAACGAUGCUGUGAGCUGACUACAUC